AUCACCGACCCAUUUGAUUCAUACCCGUUAGAUUUCUUGCUAUCAUGCUCAUUUCUUCAUUUUCUCACUAUCCCAAAAAAAAAUUAAGUAAAAAAAUCAGAGUACUUGACUCACAAAUUUCUUCAUCCCAACCAAACGCUACUACAUCAAGCUCUUUCUUUCUCUCUCCUCCCCUUUCUUUUCGGGCACAAAAAAACACAAGAAACAUUUCAUAAAAUAGGAUACAAGAUUCAAUCUUUUUGUAAAAGGGUUUGCAAAUUUGUAUCGAGAAAUUAAUUUAGAAGGAAGAUCACAGCUGAUUAACUCUCUUUUAGAGAGAGAAACUGUUAAGAGAGAGAAAGGGGUUUUAAUGGCUUGGAGACAACUUCUCAGGCAGGUGAGAACCGGGGAACAAGAGCUUGUACAAUUGAGGAGUCUGUCAUCUAGGCUCUAUUCGACUUUGCGGCAGCUGCACAAUGGCAGAGAAAGCAGGCUUGCAGGGUCUCACAAGAGAUAUCAGUCAAGCUAUGUUGGCAGCUUAGGUCGCCGAGCACGUGAUGCGCAUGGUGCAAGUGAUGGUGCUUAUUUUAGGGAUGUGUAUCGGCGAAGUGAUCCAGAAGCAGUGAUAAGAGCCUUUGAAAAUCAGCCUGCUUUGCACUCGAGUCCUGCAGCUGUUGCUGAGUAUGUUAAAGCACUGGUCAAAGUUGAUAGGUUGGACGAGAGCGAGUUGCUCAGGACAUUGCAGAGAGGAAUAACUGCGACGGGCCAUUCCUUUUCGGAGGAAGAGAGUAUGGGUGGACUUUCUGCUUUCCGCAAUGUAGGGAAAUCUACAAAAGAUGGAGUACUUGGAACUUCUAGUGCUCCAAUUCACAUGGUGGCUGCUGAAGGCGGUCAUUUUAAAGAACAGCUAUGGCGUACAUUUCGUAGCAUUGCUUUAGCCUUUCUCUUGAUUUCAGGAGUUGGGGCACUAAUUGAAGACAGAGGAAUUAGUAAAGGCCUGGGUCUAAAUGAAGAGGUACAACCUAGCAUGGAAUCCAACACAAAAUUUAGUGAUGUAAAAGGGGUUGAUGAAGCAAAAGCUGAAUUAGAAGAAAUAGUCCAUUAUCUUCGAGAUCCCAAGCGCUUCACUCGUCUGGGUGGUAAACUCCCCAAGGGUGUUUUGCUUGUUGGUCCUCCUGGUACUGGAAAAACUAUGCUAGCCAGAGCUAUUGCUGGAGAAGCAGGAGUGCCUUUCUUCUCUUGCAGUGGCAGUGAAUUUGAGGAAAUGUUUGUUGGUGUUGGAGCCAGGAGGGUAAGAGAUCUGUUUGCAGCUGCCAAGAAGCGCUCACCAUGUAUUAUCUUUAUUGAUGAAAUAGAUGCAAUAGGGGGAAGUCGUAACCCCAAGGAUCAGCAAUAUAUGAAGAUGACAUUAAAUCAGUUGCUUGUGGAGCUAGAUGGCUUCAAGCAAAGUGAAGGAAUUAUUGUGAUUGCGGCAACGAAUUUUCCCGAGUCCUUGGACCAUGCACUGGUUAGACCUGGACGAUUCGAUAGACACGUUACUGUUCCCAAUCCGGAUGUUGAAGGACGCAGACAGAUUUUAGAAGUUCAUAUGUCUAAGGUGCUGAAGGGGGAAGAUGUAGAUCUCAUGAUUAUAGCUCGAGGAACGCCAGGCUUCUCUGGUGCUGAUCUUGCUAACCUAAUCAACAUAGCUGCUCUGAAGGCCGCAAUGGAAGGGGCUAAGGCAGUGAGCAUGCCUGAUCUUGAGUAUGCCAAGGACAAAAUACUAAUGGGCAGCGAGCGCAAGUCUGCUGUUAUCUCUGAUGAAAAUCGGAAAAUGACAGCAUACCAUGAGGGCGGCCAUGCCCUUGUCGCUAUGCAUACUAAUGGUGCGCUCCCUGUACACAAGGCGACAAUUGUCCCCCGAGGUCUCUCCCUUGGGAUGGUUACGCAACUCCCUGAGACGGACCAAACUAGCAUCUCCCGGAAACAAAUGCUUGCCCGCCUUGAUGUUUGCAUGGGAGGUCGGGUUGCUGAAGAGCUUAUCUUUGGGGAGAAUGAGGUAACUUCUGGUGCAUCCUCUGAUCUCCAACAAGCGACAAAACUCGCAAGAUCAAUGGUUACUAAGUAUGGGAUGAGCCGAGAGGUUGGACUUGUUACUCAUGAUUAUGAUGACAAUGGCCGGAGUAUGAGCACCGAGACUAGGCUGCUUAUUGAGCAAGAGGUUAGGUUCUUACUCGAGCAAGCCUACAAUAAUGCGAAAACCAUUCUCACAACUCAUAGCAAGGAGCUCCAUGCCUUGGCUAAUUCUUUGCUAAAGAAUGAGACUCUCACGGGUGCUCAAAUUAAGGAGUUGCUUGCAGAAGUCAACUCAGAGCAGAAGCAACACCAGCAACAGCACAUAGUGUCAACUCAAAGCAGUGAGCAGUCAAAACCAGUUCCACCUUCAACCCCAAGUGCUGCCGCGUCAGCAGCAGCAGCAGCAGCGGCUGCAGCUGCUGCUGCAACGGCUGCUGCCAAGGGCAAAGGGGUGGCUCCGGUGGGGUCUUAGCCUCUUCUAUUUCUUUCUUAUAAAAGGCGGGUUUUAAUUUAAUGAAUUCAAUGUGCAUAUAUUAAGUAGUUAAUUUUUGUCAUUGGAGGAUUAUGAUAUCUUUACUGUCAUAACCGUUUCUUGCUUGCAUUUGCUGCAAGUUAUCUGGUGAUUACCCUGUAUCAUCAAUCUGUGAGUUGAAGAUUGGACUAGAGAUGUAGAAUCUUAGCGGCCAAGCAGAUCUGACACGUUAAAGUUUGUAGCAAUAUAAAGAUGGUUUUCUUUUUGAAUA